AUGUCUUCCUCCAAGCCCAUCUCCCUCAAGGUCAACGCCGCCCUGUUCGACGUCGACGGCACGAUAAUUAUCUCGCAGCCUGCCACGAACGCGUUCUGGAGAGACUUCGCCAAGGACAAGCCCUACUUCAUUGUGGAUGAAGUGCUGAAGGUUUCGCACGGUUGCCGGACCUUCGACACCAUCUCCAGGUUCGCGCCAGACUUCGCGGACGAGGCAAAAAUAGUCGAGAUGGAGACCCAGAUACCGGCCAAAUACGGCGAGCACUCCAUCGAGGUCCCCGGCGCAGUCAACCUGUGCCAUGCGCUGAACACGCUGCCCAAGGAGAAAUGGGCCGUCGCCACCUCGGGCACCCGCGGUCUGGCCGUGCAGUGGUUCAAGCUCUUGGGCAUCACCAUGCCUACGUACUUCAUCACUGCAAAUGAUGUUAAACAGGGAAAGCCGCAUCCCGAGCCUUACCUGAAGGGCAGAAACGGAUUAGGAUACCCUGUCAACGAAAAGGAGCCUUCCAAGUCCAAGGCCAUCGUCUUCGAGGACGCGCCCGCGGGUAUCGCUGCAGGUAAAGCUGCUGGCUGCAAGGUCAUCGGCAUCGCCACCACGUUCGACCUGGACUAUCUCAAGAAGCACGACUGCGACAUUAUCGUAGAAGACCUAAGCACCGUGAGAAUCGGCAGCUACGACGCGGAGACCGACGAGGUAGAGUUUAUCUUUAGCGACUACCUAUAUGCCAAAGACGACGUCUUGACGUGGUAA